AAAUUCUCAUCAUUCCGACACCAUCGUACAAACAAGACUAAAACGCACUCCAAAACGCCUGCACAAAUAAACCAACACUUCAUCCACGUUACAAACAAAUCUACACUUCAAACACGCUUCAAAAACACUCCAAACAGACACAAUGGGCGCCCCCGCAGAGUACAACAAGUUCAACCCCUCCGAGGUUGACAAGUUUAAGAGCCCUCCUAAGCGCGACAAUACCGGGAAUGACAAGGGCGAAAGCUCUGAUAACAAUGGAAACUCUGAAAAGAAGGAUGACACGCAGAGCGGAUUUGUGGAAAACAAGGAAGACGGCGGUGUGAAGCUUGUUGAAGAUAGCGAGGACAACGAGGAUGGUGGUGCCAAGCUGUAGACGCGCCAUUAACCCGGUUUCUCUUCCAAACAUCGCAUAGGAAUGUGCCAAUUC